GUUGCAUUAGCCACACUCGUCUCAGAAUUCGCUCAUCUCAAGGAAAAUUUUGGGGUUAAAAUUGUCGGCGAAAUUCCCAGAGGACUGCCACCUCCAAUGGUACCCACCUUCAACCUGUUCAGCGAGGUCAUCGGAGAUGUCUUUGUGAUUGCUAUAGUAUCUUUUGCUAUCUCUGCAUCAUUGGUGAAAUUAUACGCUACGGAAUUCGGAUAUGAUGUCCUCUACAACCAAGAACUCGUAGCGCUUGGUGUAUCCAACCUAUUUGGCUCCUUCUUUCAGUGCGUUACAGCCUGUGGCGCUCUUGCUCGGAGUGCUGUUGUUGUGUCCGUGGGCAUGGUUUCCCAGAUUGCUUCGUUGAUCUCCUGCAUCCUCCUACUCAUUAUUCUGUACGUUAUCGGUCCCUAUCUACAAAGCCUACCAAAGGUAAUUGCGCCUGCUUAA